AUGCUCUCCGCCAGCCACCAGAAAGCAUUCACCACGUCAGGGCAUCCUGGCACCCAGAAAAGCACUAACUGCACCGGCAAAGUUGAAGCCGCCAAACUCUUGGCUACAAGUUGCACUGGCAGACGGCACGCCCGGGCGGGGACCGCGGCCGCCUCCACGCCGGCGGCUCGCACGCUCGACCGCGGCCAGAGCUCGCCUUCCCUCUUCGGCGGGGAUUACCUCAGGCCCCGAGCCAGCCGUCGCCCGGCCGCGCUCACACGCCGGCAGAAGCGCAGCCCCGGAGCCGAGAGCCCCUCGCUCCCCUCGUUACCCCAGCGGCACUUCGCGCCUGACCGGCAGCUGCGCCGCGCCCGACGCCGCACCGAGGCGAACUCCCUCCCGGUGACCGCCGGCCCCCCCGCUCCCCGCCCCGGCUCCGCUGCUGCGCGCGACCGAGGACGCCCAAGCCCCGCCUUCCUUGCCGCGCCACCGCCUCCCUCCGGAGACGGGGCCGGGGACCGGCCCGCGCCCCUGCCAAUCAGCGGGCAGAGACGCCCCGCCCCCCCGCCGCGGAGGCCUCUCGGGGUCCGCCCCGGCGGGCGCAGUCAGCCUGUGCUCCCGCAGGGCUCCAGCAGCUGGGAGGCGGCGGACCUCGGCAACGAGGAGCGGAAGCAGAAGUUCCUGCGGCUGAUGGGCGCCGGGAAGAAAGAACAUACUGGCCGCCUUGUUAUCGGAGACCACAGAUCAACCUCUCACUUCAGGACAGGGGAAGAAGACAAGAAAAUGAAUGAAGAAUUGGAGUCUCAGUACCAACAAAGCAUGGACAGCACGAUGUCUGGACGAAACCGGCGCCAUUGUGGACUUGGUUUCAGUGAGUUUCAGGAAAGCGAAGAACAAGAAGAGGCAGCUGGGCACUCCUCUGAAGAGAGUUCAGAGGACUCCGAAAGUGGCUCUGAGUCAGAGCAAGAGGAGUCUGCAGAGGAGCUACAAGCUGCUGAAAAGCAUGAUGAAGCUGAGGUUCCAGAAAACAAAAAAGAAGCAAAAAGCAACUAUAAAAUGAUGUUUGUUAAAGCCAGUGGUUCAUAACUGCAGAUGUAACAGCUUUGUAUUUAAAGUACAGUAAGCCUUAUUGUUACAGUGCAAAGUGGAGGACUGCUACAGCACAAAUCUUUGUAUUAUGAUUUUAAAAAGACCCUGUUAGAUGACAAAUAGUAGUAUUUGCUUUCUGUUGCCAUGGAUAACAUUUUUAUGGGCACAGUGGUAUUACUGGUUUUUGUAAAGUGUAUAAAAUACUGGAUGGAGAAAUAAAUUCUUUUUGUUCCUGCCCAAUCUCUACAAUGUCAUCUAAACUGUGUCUCCCCUUAUUCCACGCCAGAUAAGGAAACUUCAUGUUAGUGGUUUCUUUAGUUAGUACCCCAGUCUUGAAUUUCUAACUCUUAAGAUUACAUGUGAAUUACUGGAUGUUGCAUUAGUUGUAAAAUACCAACAUCGGCACUAUUCUGUGAUGUACUAGAGCUUUAAACAAUGAUUUUGUCUAUAGAUGCUAGUGUUGACAGGGCUGAGAGAAGUCACUCACUUUUGUGACAGAAUUAAUCACUGUAUCCAUCUGAAGUCCUACAGAAGUUGCAUGGGAGAAGGUGUUUUAGAAACGUGUAAUACAACAGGCGGCUUUAAUUGCUUCUCUGGCUUUAUAAUGAGGGCGGAUAAGUUGUAGAUCUUUAUACCUUUCAGUAGGAAAAAAGUGACUUUUGAAUUACUGGCUCCUGGUUAUAGCACUGAUCUGUUAUUAAAAAUAACUCCUCCCGAAGAAACCAGUUUACUUGGAAAGAGAAAAUAUACUUUGAUAAUGAAAUGGUUAUACAAAUUGUUUAGCUUUUUUAAAUAUAGAAUACAGAGUUAAGUAUG